AUGCCAAGACCAAGAGUUUCAGAGUUGUCUCAGAGGCAAGCUCCAAGGCUGAGGACAUCAUCAUCUGCUUCUGUCUCGAGUCAUCCCAACCGUCUGAUCACUACUGACCGGAGUUCUAAGCUCGGUCUUGACCAUAGAUCUCCUAGGAGCGGUGGACCUCACAGUGAUCCGCUUGGUCAGAAGAAACUUGGGGGCCGAAUAUCGGAUCUAGAGUCGCAGUUAGGACAAGCACAAGAGGAGCUGCGAUUGCUCAAAGAGCAGUUGGCUAAUGCUGAAGCUGUCAAGAAACAAGCUCAAGAUGAGCUUCAUAAUAACAAACCUAAGAAACCGAACCCGCCGGCUCUGAUGGAGGGAUCUGCAACUGAGGCGGAUAAAAUCGACAGAGACGAGAUCCCCGGAGAUACGCAGAAAGAGACUGAUGUGUUUGAGGUUCCCGUUGAAAAGAUUGCGGUAGUAGAAGACGAAGAAGUUCCGAAAAGCGGAAAUGAAGAAGCCGAGAAAUUGGCUGCGAAGGAAGAUGAGAUCAAGAUGUUGAAAGCUAGAAUGUAUGACAUGGAGAAAGAACAUGAAUCACUAGGCAAAGAAAACGAGAGCUUGAAGAAUCAGUUGAGCGAUUCGGCAUCAGAAAUGUCUAAUGUGAAAGCUAAUGAAGACAAGAUGGCAUCGAAGGUGUGUCGGAUUGGGGAAGAGUUGGAAGAAAGCAGAGCAAAGACAGCUCACCUGAAGGAGAAGCUCGAGUCGAUGGAAGAAGCAAAAGACGCUUUAGAGGCUGAGAUGAAGAAGCUUAGGGUUCAGACCGAGCAGUGGAGGAAGGCGGCUGAUGCUGCAGCUGCGGUUCUUUCUGGAGAGUUUGAGAUGAACGGUCAGGAUCGAUCUGGGUCAGCUGAGAAGUGUUUUGCAGGUGGAUUGUUUGAACAGGCUGGGUUCAUGGAACCGCCCGGGAUGGCUGAUGAUUCCGAUGAUGGAUUGGGAAGUGGGAAGAGGAAGAGCUCCGGGAUGAAAAUGUUUGGUGAGUUGUGGAGGAAGAAAGGGCAGAAGUGA